AUGCGUCGUCUUAUAACCGCCGACCUAAACAAGGCAGUCGUCUUUUCUUCGAAAUUGCCUUCUGUUGCUGUCACCUCCGAUACGCCUUGCACUACAUCUUCGCCGCAUACGGUUUCGACUAGUUGCCUGAGCAAAACAACAUCGAUUCAUACCAAUACAAACGUUAGAGGUAUCAAUAUGAGUGCUGGCAGCGAGAGCAUGAUCGAUAAUGCUAGCGGCUCUUUAACUUCUUCCGACCUGCCUGUGGUGAAACCCAUCGAGACGAUUAAUACAGAGACUGAAGAACAAAUUCCAAAUUACCUACCAACUUGUCUGGAGAUGCUAGAGGCUUUGGUUCCAAUUCAUGUAUACCAAGAUUUGGACAACUCUUCGCAGGCGAUGGCUAAAGGUUUUCCAUCAGCUUUAUUAUUACUAUAUUUCUUGCUUUUCAACCCAAAUAUUUAUACUUUGUGA